AUUACAAGCUUUUUAUGUGGAGUUAAUUCUUCUUUAAUCCUUUUGCAAUGGGUGAGAGAGAGAGAGGGUGACCACUACGCAGACAACGCAACCUAUUCUCUAUUUUUAUUUACUUAUAUUUUGGGUUUACAGCUAAAUUUCAAGAAUAAAUCAAUCAGACUCCCCCCUGAUAUCGAUUCGUCUUCCUUCUCGCAGCAAUGCUGGGAAUUUAGCGGCGCUUUGCUCUGCUCUUUAGCUUACUCUGCCCCUUCUGUGGCGACCAUGGCGUCAGUAACCAAAACCGGUUUGAUGGAGACUCCUCGUAGUAAACCUUCGCCACGAUUGAGUAAACUCAAUGCUGCUAAAAUCGAUGGCACAUCCUCUUCCCCGGUGCCAAACCGUACUUCUCCUCCUCAGACAGUCAACUCAAAGCCUUCUCGGACUACUUCUAGAGUUCCUACACCCGAUAAAGUGCCAUCACGGUCAGUAAAAGGGUCGGAGCUGACUAAAAUUCAGGAGGAUUUAAAGAAAGCCGAGGAGCAAAUAGCAUUGCUCAAGAACAGUAAAGCUAAAGCGAUAGAUGAUCUUAAAGAAUCCAAUGAGAAACUCAAAGAGGCAUUGGCAUCUCAGGAAAAGGCUGAGGAGAGUUUCCAGGCCGAGAAACUCCGAGCUGUUGAACUGGAACGGGCUGGAGUGAGGAACGAGCUUGAGUCUAUUAGGUACCAGCACGCCUUGGACAUCUCAUCUCUCCUCUCUACCACAGAAGAACUCGAGAGGAUUAAACAUGAACUGGCUAUCACGGCCGAUGCUAAAAACAAGGCGCUAAGCAAUGCCGAGGAAGCCACCAAGAUUGCUGAAAUCCAGGCUGAGAAGGUUGAGAUUCUUUCUUCUGAGUUAGGGCGGUUAAAGGCAUUUCUCAGUUCAAAGGAAGAGAAGGAAGCUAUUGAAGGUAACCAGAUCAUUUCUAAACUGAAGUCCGAAAUUGAAACGUUGAGAAAGGAGCUUGAUAAGGUUGAGACUAGCAUGAAAGAGAAAGAAGGAUCAGUUGAGAAGCUUAACGUUGAUCUAGAAGCUGCUAAAAUGGCUGAAUCUUCCGCUAAUGGUUUAGCAGAAGAAUGGAAGAACAAGGUUCAUCAACUUGAAAAGAAAACUAAUAGAUUGAAGACCUCUGCUUCAGAAUCUAUGGACUCUUUUAUGAAGAAGCUGGCUGAAUGUAAUCAGGUGCUGGAUGAGGCGAGGUCAGACAAUGCCACACAGAAAGAUAAGAUUGAGGAUCUAGAGAGAACAAUUGAAGCGCAGAGAAAGGAUCUUGAGGAAUCUAGACGACAGGUUUGCAUCGCAAAAGAAGAAGCUUCUAAGAUGGAAAAGCUUCUAGAGAUCUCCCAAGAAGAGAAGACUAAAGCCUUGGAAAAUGAAAAAGCUGCAACUAAUGAAGCGAGGGAAGCGCAGGAGGAGCUCUUGUCAUGUCAAGCGGAGCUCGAGUGCCGUGAAGCCGAAGUCGAAAGUUUGAAGUUGGAUUCAAAGGAGACAAAUGAAAAGUAUGAAAAAAUGCUGGAGGAAGUAAGAAAAGAAAACGCUAGUCUUAAAAGCGAUCUAGAUAGCGAGUUCGAGAAGUCUAAGGCUGGGUGGGAACAGAAAGAGCUUCACCUGAUGGGAUGCGUGAAGAAAUCAGAAGAAGAAAGUUUGUCUUUGCGUGAAGAGGUAAGCAAGCUGAUGAAUUUGCUCAAAGAAAGUGAAGAAGAUGCCAAUCUCAAGGAAGCUGAGGGGGAGAUAAAGUAUCUACAGGAAACACUUGGAGAAGCAAAAGCUGAAAGCAUGAAACUGAAAGAGAGCUUGUUGGACAAAGAAGAGGAGUUGGAGAAUGUCGUGGCAGAAAACACCAGCCUCAGAGAAUGGGAAAGCUCUGUACUCAAGAAAAUGGAGGAGUUGUCAAAGGUAAAAGAAGCCUUGGUUGAUAAAGAAACCAACCUCUUAAGCAUUACUCAAGAAGCUGAGGAUCUGAAAGGAAGGGAAGCUGCCCAUUUGAAGCAGAUUGAGGAGUUAUCGGUGGCGAAUAAAAGCUUGGUUGAUAACUUAACCAAAUUGAAGAGCAUUGUUCAAGAAAGUGAGGAACAAAGAGAAAGGGAAGCUGCUUCUCUUAAGAAGAUUGAGGAGUUAUCUGUGGCGAAUGAGAAUUUGGUUGAUAAGGCAACGGAUCUGCAAAGCAUCGCCCAAGAAAGGGAGGCUGCUUAUCUUAAAAAAAUUGAGGAGUUGUCUGCCUCAAAUGAGAGCUUGGUGGAUAAAGAAACAAAACUGCAGUGCGUUGAGCAAGAAGCUGAGGAGCUCAGAGGAAGGGAGUCUGUUCAUCUGAAGAAGAUUGAGGAGUUGUCAAAGGCGAAUAUGAGCUUGGUUGAUAUGCAGAAUAUUAUUCAAGAAAGAGAUGGUCUCAGAGAAAGGGAGGUUGCUUAUCUUAAGAAGAUGGAAGAAUUGUCAACAGCGAAUGAAAGCUUGGCUGAGAAAGUUUCUGACGAACGUAAGGAGCUCAGAGAGACUGUGAAGACUGAGGAGUUGUCACAGUUGAAUAAAAGCCUAGUUGAGAAAGAGACCAAAUUGCAGACGGUUGUUCAGGAAAAUGAGAAACUGAGAGAAAGCGAGUCUGCUCAUCUUAAAGAAACUGAGGAGUUAUCAAAAUUGCAUGAAGCCCUUACUGAUAAAGAAACCAAACUCGAGGUUUCUAUUCAAGAGAAAGAGGAGCUCAAAGAAAGGGAGACUGCUUAUCUCAAGAAGAUUGAGGAGCUGUCAAAGGUGGAAAAGGAUCUUCUUAAUAAAGAAAAUGAGUUGCUGCAUGAGAUUGAGGACCUUGGAUCCAAGGACUCUCUAGCCCAAAAGAGGAUAGAAGAGUUAUCAAACUUCAAUAAAAGUUUACUCGUAAAAGAGAACGAGUUACAGGCUGUGGUUUGCGAAAAUGUGGAGCUGAAGUCCAAGGAGGUUUCGUCACUCAAGACAAUAGACGAGUUAUCAGAUCUUAAUCACAGUUUGCUUCUUAAAGAAACGGAGGUGAAGGCUGCAAUAGUCGAAAACGAGAAGCUCAAGGCCGGAGCAGCCUCGUCCCUUGAGAGGAUCGAUGAGUUGACAAAACUUAAACGGAGUUUGCUUGACAAGCAGAACGAGUUCCAGGAUGUUUUACAUGAAAACGGGGAGCUUAAGGCCAAAGAAGCUUCUUCUUUGAAAAAGAUUGAUGAGCUGUUACAUCUUGAGCAAAGCUGGCUUGCUAAAGAAAGUGAGUUUCAAAGAGUCGCUCGAGAAAACGAAGAGCUAAGAACGCGUGAUGCUUUAGCAGCAAGAAAAAUAGAGGAGUUGUCGAAGCUGAAAGAGAGUUUACUUGACAAAAAGACAGAGCUAGAGACAGCCAUGCAGGAUAACGAUGAGCUAAAGGGCAGGGAAGCUGCCUCUCUUGAGAAAAUGGAGGAGUUAUCAAAGCUGGUAGAGGAAGCUUCAGCUACCAAAGAGAUAUCAGUUCUUGGAAAUGGCAUCGGAAACGAUUAUGACUUGGUACAGUUUUCUGAAGUAAAUGGUUCUGGGAGUGCGGAUGAAAAGUCAGAGACUGAUCUUUUCCAUGACAGAAGCAGAGAACACAAGGUUCCAAUGGAAGCAAUUCAUAAAGCAGCGGAUAGUGUUGAAGAAGGAAAAGACGGUGUGGAGACUGAGUUCAAGAUGUGGGAGAGCUACAAGAUCGAAAGAAGCGAAGUAUCUGCAGAGAGAGAAACCGAGAUAGACUCUGUGGAAGAGGAAGUUGAGUGGAAAACACAAGGUAGUGAGAACUUGGAUCAGUUCAGCAAUGGCUUGUCUUCAGCAGAAGACUCUGGAAGUCUGCUCUUAAAGGAACAACAUAUGAAGAAGAAGAAACCUUUGCUCCAGAAAUUUGGAAACCUGCUUAAAAAGAAGAGUACAAGCUGCAGCAGCAGCAGUCAGAAGUAGAGGAGCAGGAUGGCCUCUUUGCAAAACUGAACAUUUCGUGGUUUACAUUUUAUUAUUAUUAUCUUAAAGUUUAAUUAAGAGUGUAGCUCUAAAUUUGACCAAAGUGUUUGAUAUAUGCAUUCACAUGGCUAACAAAUCAAGUUUUAGACUGUCUA